GAUAUUGCCCCGCUGUGUAUACAAGAAAUUUCGGUGCGAAGACACUUUUUCACACAAACCCUCUGGGCUCAUACGUCAGUUGCAUCCAUCCGGCCACAUAAGCAAACCACUGAAUGACCACUGAAUAUAAAACCAAGAAAGCCUCUCAGCGGGCAGGGGGAGCCUUUAUUUUCGUAACAGUGAAAAAACAGUGAAAUACCGAGAAAAAUUCAUGCUUACCAAAGUAUCCCAAAGUAUAAAUAGCCUGCGAAUAGGCUCCCGGUAAGGACGGAAAAAAUUCGGCGAGCGAAGCGAGCCGACGAGUUAUUUACAGUCUACCUUUCUUUAAAGCAGGGCUAAGGAUGCCCAGAAAGCUGUGCAGUACGUUUUUCGUUCUCUUAAACCCGCGCGCAAUCUCGUUCCUCGAGUCUCGAAGACUCUGCGUAAUGAAGUCGAGGUUGACCCGCGCGGGAAAAGAGAGAGAUUCUCUUUUUCCCGCCUGGGUUCAACCGCUACUGAAUGGCGGAGGGAGUGGAGAGUUCAGGGACUGAGCAAGUGAGACUCUUUUCAGUCGCAGGUCAUUACAGGAUAGGGCGAUCGGCCGGCGACUACCGUGUAGCAUGAAAUUUUUGCGGGGACUUUAUUUUGCGGAUUGGCGAUUUUUUCAGGUUUGCGGGAACAAAUUUUUGCGGCUCCAAUUGACUGAAAUUUCCGCUGGGACCUAAUUUUUGCGGUUUCCUUUUCAAGCAGCGAGACAUCAGCAAGGAAGGAACUGUAAUAUCUUCAACUUUUAGUACUUUUUUAGGUAAAACAACAGUCUAUACUUCUCAGAUAUUUCAGUCAACAACAAGCCGGUCGUACAACAAAAGCUAACAAAGCAUUUCCGCUUACUGGAAAAGUAUUGACUUAACUUUUAUCGUUUCAGUUUGUUUGUAGCAAGCUCCGAAUUCUUUUUCUCAAUUCAAAUAUCAAAAUAAACUUUCUUUUCACCUCAAUGUAUGAUAAAUAGUAACACAAGUGGAUUAAAAGCCAUUUUUGAUAAUAUUAACGGGAGUAAAUUUUUGCGGUUUUUAAUUUUGCUGGUGUUUCUUUUUUUCUGCUGGAACUUAUUUUUGCGGAUCGAGUACCAUCUGCAAAAUCCGCAAAAAUUAAACACCGGUACCGCAAAAUUAAAGUGCUACACGGUAUACUGACGGCAAACUUAAGGGAUACAAAUCAUCAUCUUCAAAGUCAGGUAAAGGUAGGAAUAGCGGUUUCAGUCCGAUCCUAACGUGAUGUUCAUAAGCACUUUUUUCAACUUAUUUUGUUACAGUUUCCACCCAUAGCCUCAAUACCUCCUAAGGGCGUUGCAUUCCAUGAAGUGCAACCUCGUCCCCAGGGUCUUUUCCUCAGYGGCCAUUUUGAAAAGCGGAGAAGAUCCUGGGGACGAAGUUGAGACAAGUAUUAGGAAGACGCCUGGGGAGAUUGCCAAUACAUGCCAGUAUCUUGGCUAUAGGCAGCCGCGCGCUUUGUAAUUAUCUUUAGUUAGCGACAUCACAUAUACGACGUCACAAACGUAAAUGAUUGACGCGUUAUUGCCUUCAAAGCAAAUUGCCUUUGUGGUACGGUGAGAGUCACAGGAGAAAUUUAUUGAAAGCAAAACAUUACAAAAGGAACCUCAGUACUGAGAGCAUGGGAAAUUUGAAGACUUUCGUCUUGACUUGUCUAGGCGUGGGACUAGCCGCUGGAGCAGGCUUUUAUCUCUACAGGAAAUUUACCAGUAUAAAUGGAGAUGACCAAAACAAUGAAAACUCUGCUUCACAGAGUGCCGCACAGGAAGCAUUGGAGGAUGAUGAUCCUACAAAGGAAGACUUGGGUGAUGUUUCUAAAGACGACACAACCACGUUCUUUUCAAGUGAAACUCAGAUCGAGGUAGAACGGAUUAAGGAAGAUGCAUCAAGUCUGCAAAAUGGCGUCGAGAAACAACAAGAGGACGCCACACGAAAUCAAACCGAGAGUCAGAAAACCGCUGAGAAGAAACAUCGGACUAAGAAGUCAAAUUUUGGUGGAAUGAAGAAAGGAUUCCUUUUAUGAACUGAAAUGUUUCUCGGAAAAAAUGAAAGGAAAAAACAUAAAAAAACAUAAAAA